AUGACUUGGGGAUCUUAUGCCAGAUUCCAGCAUCUUUCAGUGGAUGCAGAUACAACAAGUUCGGAUGAUGAUGUGGCGGACAACCCACAAACGGAGGAAGGAAUGAUGAAGGCCUUCGUAUGCUUGCAUGAUCUUCGGUUGAAAACCGAUGCGAAGCUGAACGAAUGUGGUCUUGAAAAUACGAGUCCAGGCCUUGAUGAUGUAAAUCGCGCGCAGGCAUGUGUUGCGUUGAAUGAAUAUGACAACAUCAGCAAUCGUAUUCUGGCCAUGGAUGGCGCCAAAGAUGAGCAACAGCUCCAUGCCGUGGGUCACGCUAUCGAAGUUUCGCAUUGCAGGAGUUCGGCGGCCAGAAUUGCAUACUUCUGCCAGUCAUACAGCCUGGCAAUGCAGCGUUCGUCCCAGGCCUUGCGUGCCUGCAGUGUGGCUUUCGAUUCCAUCCACAAGCAACCACUUGCGAUAUCAUUGCUUCAAGAAACAAUGGUGGAUGCCCUUGUUCUUCGCUCGAUGACGUCGUUGCAGCUUGGCAGCUACACCAAAGCUCGGCAAGACGCACUCCUGGCGCACGCAAAGUCGAAAUAUGUACCAGGCAAAGCGGAUGAGACAUUGAGACUUGCAGUCCGUUGCGAAAUGGCACUGAAGGCGGGUGGCCCUGGUGCCAAUGGUGAGGGUUGUCCACUGACACCGGAGGCUGUUUGCGCACUGCAGCUGGACAACGUCAGCACAGGAGAGCAAUCCACAGCCAGUGCCAUGCUUUCUGUGCCGAUGCCCGAUGCCGGCCUCAACGAUCUGGACUAA